UAGCGAUUUUUGGCACCUUUUCAAGACAUGUAUCAUCAAAUGUAUGGCCACGUAGCUAUUUAUCAAAACAAAACAUUUAUAAAGGGUAAUAUCUUUUUUUCAGUACCAAACUCAUGUUUCGUUGUCAUUAAAGUCAGAGUUAAACAUGAUAUAUUGCAUUAAAAAUAUAUAUGCUUCAACCUUUAUUGUGCGCCUUUAUCAUCAUGUCUCAGAAUGUACAUGAAUUAACAAGUACACAGCACUCGUCUGCCUGUUUCAGUCUAAGAGCGGCAUAACUAAUAAGUAUUAAAGCCAGAGUUAUGGGACAUAAAACACAUUUACCGCACUGUCUAUGGUCGCUUUUAAUUAAUUCUAUCAAGUUGCAUUUCAGUGUCUUAAUUGUUUUUUUAAUUAACGAGCUUUAAAAGAUGUGCAUGCCUUACGGACGAAGUGGCCGGUGGCGACUACGACACGAAUGCUAUCACAGUAUACAAGCUUAAUUAAUAUUUUUUCAGACACUACACAUCCACAUAUGGAUGUAGUACAAAAUGUAGACAAAGUUGCUGUAAUGACAUAAAAUACUAAAUGUUAUCGACAAUUCAUAUCGCUAAGAUAUUAUGACACGUUCGAAUUACUUCCCUUUUGGCAACAUAUCUCUUGUUUAUCACAGUUUACUUCCUCAAUUUCAAAAUGGCGACACAUGACGAAUAUUUCGUUGAAAGGAAUACUGAAAUAAGCAAAUUAGAUAAGGAGUGGGCUGAGCACAGAAUAUUUGGAAUCUACGGUCUUCGAGCUAUUGGCAAAUCAUGCUUUGUUGCACAGUUUUUAAAGACUCGGGGAUUUGCAUCAAUAAUGUGUGAGUGUUCAACUAUACCCACACAAGGUUCGCUAUGCUCGUUGUUAUGCUCCAAAUUAGGAAUAAUACCGGGCAAAAUUGUGCCUGAAUCCGACGCAUGGAUUGAACACAUUUGUGAAGCUCUUCAGGACCAAGAAUCAGAUAUCACUGUAGUAUUCGAUAAUGCUGAAGACACGAUCGAAGGUCCUGCAGGUGACACUUUCCUUCACCUAUGCGAUGCCAUUGUUGAACACUGUACAAACGUUCAAGUUAUCAUCACUUCAACGACAAGAGUGCUGUUUCCGAGACAUAGUCAAGUUUACUUUUCACUGGAACUUCCCCCUCUUGGACCAAAGGAAUCAUUCGAGCUAUUCACAGUUGCUGCCCCUGGUGUAGCUCUUGGCUCCUAUGCAGAUGCUCUUAUAGAACUAUGUGAAGGUUUGCCUUUACUUAUCCUGCUGACAGCUGCGGAACUCCAGGCCGAUGGAGGAUUCAUCGCUCCUGCCGAUAUGGUGCAGUUACUGCUUGAGUGUCGCCUCGAAACUGUCAGCAACAGUUUGUUUUACCCUAAAGGAGAUGAGGUUUACCGGAAGUUCAUUUUGAGACUUAAAGAUGUGUACAGAGCAAAUUUGGUAACCCUUGACUACAUACCCGGGUCUUUCACAGCAUAUCAUGCCAAGGAAAUGCUUGGAAUGGACUCGGAGGCACGCACAAAAGCCUUUACUUUGAGGCCAAUUCGAGUGAGGCAUGUUUUGAAUUAUGACUCAAACGAGCAAAGAUUCAAUAUCCAAGGAAUUCUAAGAGAAGUUAUCAGAGCAAACUUCGUUAUCAAGAAUUUGGAAGAAAUACGUUUUAGAUACAGCAAGUUAUUCAGCAGAGUUAUGAAAGACAUUGCGCAUCGGAUGGGUACGUGCGAAUACACAAAGGCAAUUGCAGACUUUGCAUUGGAACAGCCAAACCUUAGAAAAUUACUGCAUGAGGUUCAUCACACAAAACAAGAGAAUUACAAAUUCUUCAUUGAAAUGGCUUCAGAAUGCACCGAUCUUAUUGAACAGUUUAUGGCAGAGGAGAGUGAUAACUUUUACGACGGAUGCCUCAGAUUGGCAGACAUGUAUGGUGAGGUGAAGGACAAAGCGACAGUUCAUGUAGCAGUUGGCAGCAUGGAAACACUGACGAAGGGAAACCUGCAAAAGGGAGAACGUAACUAUAUGCAAGCGUUACAAGUACUUGAGAAAUCAGGGAAAUCUGAGAAGUCCUAUGAGGUCGCAUCUUUGUUUAAGAAACUUGGAUGGAACAUUUUCAAACAAGGGUUCUGCGAACAAGCGAUUCGGUAUUACCAGAAGUCUUUGAAUAUUUCCCAGCUAGGAGGACAUGCCUACGAGUCUCUAACAGUGGAAAAUCUGAGUGGAAUGGGAACAGCGUUUGUUGUUCUUGGAGAGUUUGAUACGGCGGAGAAGUACCAUUAUUGUUCGCUUAAAAGAAGUGAAAAACUUCAAGGUAGAGUUAGCCCAAAUGUUGGAAAUUCAAUUAACAGAAUGGGGCUUUUGUAUGAUCAAAAAGGAGAUCGUGUUAAAGCACUUGAAUUGUUUCUAGAAGGUUUGGAUAUAAAGCGAAAAUGCAAGGCUGCUCAAAUAUCGGUUGUGUACUCUCUGAGCAAUGUUGCAAAUAGUUUAAAUGGAAUGGGAAAAUUUGCUGAAGCCCAUGCACAUGUUGAUGAAGCCUUUGAUAUUCUUCAUAACCAGAAAGUGCCGAUGCUAGACGGUAUUUCUCUUAUGUACAACACAAGGGGAAAAAUAUUCGCAAAAGAAGAAAAGUGGGGAGACGCGUGUUUUUCGUUUUCUAAGACGGUUGAAAUAUCUCGAAAUAUUGAGCAAAAGAGUUAUAUCUUCAUGAAAAGACUGGUGAAUCUUGCCGAAGUACAAGAAAAGAAAGGGCUUUACAAAGAAAGUCUAAAAACGGCAAAAGAAGCGCUACAACUUGAAGAUGAGACAAACAAAUUACUAGAGCAUAAUAAUAUUGUCACGGAAUGUUUACAAUGCAUGAAUAGAGUUUAUGCGGCGAUUGGGGAUGAUGCAAAUUACAUCAAAACGUUGUACUCCUUAGAAAAGGAAUGUCUGAGGCGUGACCAAAUAUGUCGCAAGUAUAAUUACAGUCUGUGGAUGGACACAAACCAUGCUGUACUUUCAGACGUGCAUAACCGGAUAAAAAGUAGAAACAUUAACGUUGUAGCUGUUGUUUAGACGAAUAAUGGCGAAGAAAUAGGCAUACACGACAGUGUUUUCAUGUGUAUUACUUUUUUCCGAUUUGCAGCGUAUCGAUGAGAACAACCAUAUCUUUACCAUAUCGCUUUAAUCAGAUAAUAACUGAACUGUGUUUUAUUGCGGCUUUAUAAAUUGACUGUACCCCUGAGCCGAAAUAAUGGCAUACCGCAUACAAAACAUGUGUUUCAUUGCGUCCUGUUGACAUUGGAGUCCAUCUUAACUAACCAGACUACAACUUCGAUGUUGGAAACACGUUCAGGCGCAAUUAAAUGUCUGGAUGUCGAGAUCGAUGCCUCUCAUUAGAAUUAGAUAGUGUUCUGUUGCUUUGAAAUGUUCUGUUUGGUUCUUUACGAAAUAUACAGGCUAAUUUAAACUACGAAGUAUCAUAGUCAAUGCUCCAUUAAUCAGUAGAAGAUAUAUGUUGCAGUGCCAUCGAGGACAGCAGAAAAAGAGUGGCAUUGUGUCUUUGAUAAAGAAACAGUUGGGCACUUAAGUUGUUAGCAGUACCGGUCAGCGAUAGUAUUUUUUUAAAUUUAUUAACCAAAUUGAAAGAUCCUCAAUACUGUUUUCGCCCUUGCCUAAUAAACCUGUUUUACAAGA